CCGACUUGACUUAGCGCGUGGUGCGUCGUUGCGUCGCGGGUCGAGGAGGCGUUGGCGCAUCGCACGACUGCUGCCGCUGCUGCUGCGGACACACAACCCGGCUGUCCUGCACUGAAACGGGGGACGCAACUGACACUGUCACCAUCUUAACCGGAGGGGCUCGCUCUGUGGAUACAGUUGCACUUUAAUUUAUCACUCACCAGCUUCACCACAAUGAUCAAAAACGGUCAUCACUACCACCAAGUGAGCACAGCAGCCGGGAAAGACGCAGGGACGACCCCCGGAGCUGCAGCCUGCAGUCCCGAGAAGAGGAGGAGAAGAAUCCGGGUGUGGUGUGACGGCUGCUAUGACAUGGUUCAUUAUGGCCACUCCAACCAGCUGCGACAGGCCAAGGCCAUGGGAGAUUACCUCAUCGUUGGAGUACACACAGAUAGUGAGAUUGCGAAGCACAAGGGUCCUCCCGUCUUCACUCAGGCAGAAAGAUACAAGAUGGUGCGGGCCAUAAAAUGGGUGGAUGAGGUUGUGGAAGGAGCGCCUUACGUCACCACCCUCCAGACCCUCGACAAGUACAACUGUGACUUCUGUGUGCACGGAGAUGAUAUAACACUAACAGUUGAUGGAAAAGACACAUACGAAGAGGUGAAGAAGUCAGGGCGGUACAGGGAGUGUAAGAGAACCCAGGGAGUUUCAACUACAGAUCUGGUCGGCAGGAUGCUACUGAUGACCAAAGCACACCACAGCAACAUUGAUAGUUCAGACUAUCAGCAGCACAAAGACAACUUUGGAAAGAAGGGCCACAGUCCCUGGACAGGGGUGUCUCAGUUCCUGCAGACUUCACAGAAGAUCAUCCAGUUUGCUUCAGGACAAGAGCCCCAACCCGGAGACACAAUUAUCUACGUGGCAGGAGCCUUUGACCUCUUCCACAUUGGCCAUGUGGACUUCCUGGAAGCAGUGCAUAAGCUCGCAGAAAAGCCAUACAUUAUAGUCGGGUUGCACUUUGAUCAAGAGGUGAACCGCUACAAAGGGAAAAACUACCCCAUUAUGAAUGUCCAUGAGAGAACGCUCAGCGUGCUGGCCUGUCGAUAUGUGUCAGAAGUGGUGAUUGGUGCGCCCUUUGCAGUCACAAAAGAUUUACUGGACCAUUUCAAGGUGGAUCUUGUAUGCCAUGGGAAGACAGUAAUAUAUCCUGACAAGGAUGGAUCCGACCCUUAUGCUGAGCCGAGGAGAAAAGAAAUCCUGCGGACUGUUGACAGUGAGAACAGCCUGACUACAGAUGCAAUUGUGCAAAGAAUAAUUAAAAACAGGUUGCUAUUUGAAGCAAGGAAUCAGAAGAAAGAGGCCAAAGAGAUUGCUGUGAUCCAGGCCAUGAAGCGACAAGAAGAGGAGAAAACUAAAGAAAGACCCCAGGCUGUCGUGUAGGAAGGCUCUAAACAAGCACCAUUGACUAAGUGUCAUCAUACUGACAAUUAAUCUAAACUCAACAUAACACUGACAAUUAAUCUAAACUCAACAUAACACUGACAAUUAAUCUAAACUCAACAUAACACUGACAAUUAAUCUAAACUCAUGUACAAUGAAAUCAGCUCUUAUAUGUGUUAUGACACCGUCAGCACAACAAUCCUGGCUGAUAACAGCAGUCCUUAGGGCAGCCUGUUUAUAGCCAGGAGGAUAUAGUCUGCUGUGUGAUCACUGAUCAUCAGGUAUACACUGUGUGUGUGUGUGUGUGUGUGUGUGUGUGUGUGUGGGUGUGUGUGUGUGUGUGUGUGUGUGUGUGUAUGUGUGUGUGUGUGUGUGUGUGUGCGCGCAUGUAUUAUAUUCGGCAUAUGCAAUUACAUGUUCAUGUCAGUCACAUAUACAAACUAUGAGGUUAUGGACUGUAAAGGUUGGAGCAAGAAAGACAAAACUGUGUCUCUAAAUGUCCUUUUUUUGCCUCCAGAAAUAUGAGGGGAUUUGGACAUAUGAAGGGCAAGUGUGUGGACUUGAGAUGUGGGCAGGCAUUAAACUGUAACAAGGAAGUUAUUUAAUUAAUCAAUACCAGUUGCUGCUUUCUACCCAGCAAUGUGUGUAGACCCACAUCUGAUCGAUUUACUUAUAAAUUGUAUGUACUGUAUAUUAUAGAGUGAUUACUGGCUCUCUCUGGAUGAUGCUAAAAACACUAGAGAAUUGCUUCACUGAAUCUAACUUGGGUUGUUUGAAUGUGAGAAGCUGUUGAAACUCUUCCGGGACCUCAUGUAAAUAUCAGACCUUUCUCCAGACUGCACUGAAUGCUCAGAAAGUCAUCAGAACUGUUCAGUUUUACAGCAGAAAAGUUUAACUCAAAAAAGCACAUUGUCCAGACUUGCACGCCUGGCCUUUUGAGUGGAAUUGUAAUUUUUUCUUUUAACACUCCUUAUCCUAAUAGAACACCACAGAGUUUUAACAGACUGCUUUUAAUCAUUAAUUUGUUUUCUUAGUAUAACUAGAGAACUAUGACAGAUGCUCAGUGAUGUUAACUUUAUCAUAAAAUAGACAUAUUACUGUCAUUGAGCCCUGAACAAACAUCAGUCUCUAUAUCAAAUGGGAUUAAAUACUAUAUUUUUUGUAAAUGUAUAUUUUACUCACACCUUCUCCAUUAACUACUGUAUAGAUGGUUUCAUAUUGUUAAAAAAUAAUAUGUAUGUUGGAAUGUAUUCAGUGUAGAGUAUAAUGUAUUGUGCUAUUGAGAUCUCCCAGUUGAUUAGGAACUGAUUGGACUACAUACUACUGCUGGUAAUAACAACACUUUAAUCUGAAA